CAGGUGAAAACGCCACUAUUGUUGCCUCAGGAAGCACGACCACUCGAAUUGCAACGUUGCCAUCCUAUGCACAUGUCACGAUUCUUGAUAACAAUGUCUACAAAUGGUGUCCUUAUACGAAUAUAUGACUAUUUACUCUCUCCAAAGAACACCUACAAGUCGUUCUUUAUCUCUCCACGAACAACUUGUUAUGAAACGAUUGUUAUGCUACUUGCAAUGAGCCAACAGCCUGGACCACCAACUGAUUUUCGAUUAUACCUAUCGGAGACGGGUACUGCUUUGAAUAUGAACGAUACUUUGGCCGAUCUCUACUUAGUGUUACGUAAAGAUCAAAAAAUCAUAAUUCGUCCUGUUUCUUGAAUCAAGAAAUACUUGUCUCUAUCAUGGUCCACAAUCAUAAGUGACACGAUCUGCGCUAUUGUUCGAUAUACUGUUGUACAUGUGACAUGAGCUUGCUAGGAAACGAUUAGCUUGAUGGAAAAUCUUGUAUUUUAUUGGAAAUAUUUUGCGCAAUGUACGCCAAAGUUGCAAAGUUUUGUUUACUUCCAUCUCAAACAUGCACAAUUAAACCACUAGAUGAAAGAAGCAAUAUCGCAUAAUUGCCAAGAAUUACAAAAC